UGUUUUGACAGGACAGUUCUGACAACUUCUUUUCCUCAUGGCCGGUUGUUAGUUGACGAGUGCUUGUGAAUCCAGUGCAGAUUUCCAUCAUUUGUACCAAUUAAAACAUUGGGACCAUGUCACGAAGAAAGGUGACUGAAGAAACAGACAAACUAACCCGUAUUGCUAUUGUCAAUGUUGACAAGUGUAAACCGAAAAGAUGCAGGCAAGAAUGCAAGAAAUCAUGCCCUGUGGUCAGGAUGGGCAAACUGUGUAUAGAGGUGUCACCUAACAGCAAAAUAGCCUCUAUUUCUGAAGAGCUUUGCAUUGGUUGUGGUAUUUGCGUCAAGAAAUGUCCCUUUGAAGCUAUUACCAUUAUUAAUUUACCAAGCAAUUUGGAACGCGAAACUACCCACCGUUAUGGUAAAAAUUCUUUCAAGCUGCAUAGGCUGCCAAUCCCUCGUCCUGGCGAAGUGUUGGGACUGGUGGGUACCAACGGUAUUGGUAAAUCGACUGCGCUGAAGAUUCUAGCUGGUAAACAAAAGCCGAAUUUGGGACGUUUCACCGAUCCUCCAGACUGGACCGAAAUCCUCAGCCAUUUCAGGGGUAGCGAAUUGCAGAAUUAUUUUACUAAAAUAUUAGAAGACGAUCUUAGGGCUCUUAUGAAACCACAGUACGUCGACCAGAUCCCUAGAGCUGUUAAGGGUACCGUAAACGAUUUAUUGAAAAGGAAAUGCGAUUUGGGCAAUAUGGAAAGAAUCUGCGAUAGUUUAGAUUUGCAACAUAUUAAGGAUCGUGAAAUUUCCGCUUUAUCUGGAGGAGAACUUCAGAGAUUUGCAUGUGCCAUGGUGUGCAUUCAGAAUGGAGAUAUUCUGAUCUUCGAUGAACCUUCUUCGUACUUGGAUGUCAAGCAACGUCUAAAGGCUGCUCAAACUAUUAGAUCAUUGAUGCAAAUCGAUAAAUUUGUUAUCGUCGUAGAGCACGAUUUGAGUGUCUUGGAUUAUUUGUCUGAUUUCAUUUGUUGUUUGUACGGUGUACCAGGUGCCUAUGGAGUAGUUACUAUGCCUUUCUCCGUACGCGAAGGAAUUAACAUAUUCUUAGAUGGUUUCGUACCAACUGAGAAUUUGCGUUUCAGGGAUGAAUCGUUAGUAUUCAAAGUGUCCGAGUCAGCUUCCGAAGAGGAAGUUAAGCGUAUGAACCAUUAUGAAUAUCCUCUCAUGAAAAAGCAAAUGGGAACCUUCAAGUUGGAGGUGAGGUCAGGGCAAUUUUCUGAUUCCGAAAUCCUGGUACUUUUGGGUGAAAAUGGUACCGGAAAGACAACCUUCAUUAGGAUGUUAGCCGGAAACUUGGCACCUGAUGAGGGAUCCGGUGACCUCUUGCAAUUGCACAUUUCAUAUAAGCCGCAGAAGAUCAGUCCCAAAUCUCAAGGACUUGUCAGGCAAUUGUUGCAUGAGAAAAUUAGGGAUGCUUACAUUCAUCCGCAGUUUGUGGCCGAUGUUAUGAAACCGCUGAAAAUCGAUGAUAUUAUUGAUCAAGAAGUGCAGAACCUUUCUGGUGGUGAAUUGCAACGUGUUGCUAUGGCUCUAUGUUUGGGUAAACCUGCUGACGUGUACCUUAUCGAUGAACCUUCUGCAUACUUGGAUUCCGAACAGCGUUUGGUCGCAGCUAAAGUAAUUAAACGUUUCAUUUUGCACGCCAAGAAGACUGGAUUCGUAGUCGAGCACGAUUUCAUCAUGGCUACAUAUCUGGCAGAUCGUGUUAUCGUUUUCGAGGGUCAACCAGGUGUAGACACCGUGGCUCAUUCCCCGCAGACUCUUCUGAACGGAAUGAAUCGUUUCUUGGAAUUACUGGGUAUCACCUUCCGUAGGGAUCCCAACAAUUUCCGUCCACGUAUCAACAAGCAGGCCUCUGUUAAAGACGUGGAGCAGAAACGUGCAGGAAACUAUUUCUUCUUGGAAGACUAAGGGGCGUUUUUGGGAAGCUAUAUUUUGUACUGUAAUCGUUUUCGUUUACAAGUUCACUUUUACACACCGAAACACUCCAUACAAUCCAUUAGCGAAUUAAUUUUGUUAUUAUCAACGUAAACAAAGGAUGGUGGUUAUUGAUAAUUGUUAAUCCGUUGUAUGUAUAUGAAAUCUAUGAAAUGAACAGUAUGAAAUAUAAUUUUUAAGGAUCA